AGAGAAAGAGAGAGAGACAGAGAAAGAGAAAGAGAAAGAGAAAGAGACAGAGAAAAAGAGAGAGAGAGAGAAAGAGCGAAGCCACUUAGGCUAAUUUUCACAAAGAUUGGAACAACCAAGAAACUGGUUGUUCCUAGGGCGGGGUGACAAAACUCAGCGUGGCCCCCUGCAGCAAGGAUGACACACACAUGUGCAGUCAAGAGGAACGGUGUAGUAUCUGUUCUUAUCAGUGUGUGGCCGCUGUGAAUCAGUGGCUCGAGAGCGCUUCAGAAAAGGCGCGAUCUGUGAGAGUGAAGGAAGUGCUUGAAAGGGUGGCGAUAAAAAGAAACCGACCACCUUUAGGUGGGGUGUUGCGUACUUUUAGACUUGUGGACAUGUCAUGAGAACAUGAUUGAGACUUCACUUGCACCGGUCACGACAGUGGCCCAAACUAGCACGCGAAAAGAUAAUAAGGUGCUCGGGCGCGAGUUGCUACUUCUUCAGGCUCACAGCAGUUUCCAAAAUGAGGAACAAAAAGGAUUUAGUGAAGGGAACCAGCCACAGACUACAGGCACAAUUGGUGAUUGGGAUUUGCAACGGCCAGCAUCCUGCUUGCAUUGUGCAAAUACCUUACGAUGCAAGGAUUGUCUUCAAAACCAUUUUGACUUUUCUCUGCACCAUGGCCAUCAACUACGUAAAAGCAUCGCACUUGGGUCCCACAGGUCCGGACUGGACCCCGGUGACGUUGAGUGGCGCCCAGAGGAGUCAACCCAGCUCCCUGGCAAGACCACAGUCCAAUCUCCGUCAUGCGACCGCGGCCACCACCGCGGGUGCGUUGAUCGGGUUAGCAUUGUCCAGUGCUUCCAGAUCUUCGUCGUCCAAGGUACAGCUCGCAGCGACAGGUCGCCGCAGGCGGAACUCGCCCCGGGGGCCGGUGGAUCCAUUGGAACAUUUGACGCCCCGGGCGGAAGACUUGGAGCCUGGUGAACGGUUGUUCCGGCAAGUCUAUCGGCCUAGCAUGCGGAAAGCAGACAUGCCAGAGGAAGACGGGGAGGAACAGGGAUACGAGGAAGAAGAGCUGAUACUACCGAAGAAGCGCAGGGGAAAAGCGGGCUGGCUGGCCGCGAAUCAAGAACGAAAGAGCGAUCCAGCCUACGGAAAGAAGUGGGUACUGGAUCCCAACAAGCGUGGUCCAAAGAAGAAGCGAUGGGUGGUCGGAGAGGUCAUUGACGAAUCUCAGGACAUUGACAGAAACGCGUCCCGAUUGCGGACAAUGUACAAAAGACCGCGCUUCAGCUGGAAGGAAGCCAAGAAGGACGACCUCCGAACAGAAACGCUUUCAGGGAAGAUGUCCGUCAUCGGCAACGAUGAGGUGUGGAUCUCCAAGUUCUUGUCGCACUCUGGUGUGUGCUCACGCCGUGAUGUGAAAGAGUUGGUUUUGCAAGGAAGAGUCACAGUGAAUGGUGAAGUGAUCAAGGACCCAGUCACAAAGGUUGAUCCGAAGAAGGAUACCAUUACCGUGGACGGAAAGGAACAACGGCUCCGUACGCUUGAUGAGAUUAUCUGGGUGAUGGUGUACAAACCCAAGGACGUGCUGAGCACAAUGGAGGACCCACAAGGCCGCAAGUGCCUUACUGACCUAGUGCCUUUUGCAAAGAACAGGCGGCUGGUGCCAAUUGGAAGACUCGAAAGAAAUUCAACUGGCAUCAUGUUUUUGACCAAUGAUUACGAGUGGCACACUGUCCUUGCGCACCCGCGGUACGAGACGCCAAGGCGGUACCGCGUCGUGGUUUACAACGGUGCGCCCGACACCCAGCGGCUGCAGGCUCUUCAGAAAGGCUUGAGGCUGCCGGAUGAAGGGCGGCCUUGUCUUCCUUUGGAAGAGCUGGAGGUCUUGGAACAUGAUCGGAACACAGGCAUUGCAACUCUUAGCUUCAUCAUGAAAGAAGGAAGGUACCGGCAAAUCCUGAGGAUGUUUGAGUACAUUGGGCAUCCGAUCAGAGCAGUGAAGAGAACACAGUUUGGGUUGGUCGGCUUGGAUAAAGAGCUGAAGGCUGGGGAAUACCGGAUGCUUACUCCGAAGGAGAUCCGCAGGCUAAAGGGUGCUACCAUUCUGAAGAAACCCGGGCGUGGUCCUGUUGAAAGGGCCCGAAAGAUGGAGAAGGUCUUUUCCGGCUCCGACACCGAGUUUGCAGAACUGGAAAGUCCCAGUCGACGCAGGCGAGGCAGACAAGCUCCUGGCAGACGCAUGGAGGCUCGAGAUGGACCUCGUGGACGGCGGAACGAAGACCUGGAGCCGCAAGUGGCAUCUUUGGAGGGCUUGAAGGCUCUCGGAUCGAGUUUUGAAUCUGACAUGGACUCUUUGGAGGAAGACUGGGAGACUGGCUGGGGAGGGUUCAGAAGCCUUCAUUGAAUUCUUUAUCCAACAGCUGGACGAGAUGACGAGCAAGCAGGCGUGACGGACUGAUGGCGCCUCCGCAUGGCCUCUGCGUGGGCCGAGAAGGACGUUUCACGGAUGUUGUUCGAAGCAGUUGAAAGACGAAAAGGUGGCACUUCCACUGUCUUUCGAAGUCUUCCGGAAAAACACACCAUGAGCUUGGCAGUGGAGAUGCAUACUUUUCACAAACAUGCGAGUCUACCAGUCCGAAGGAAAC